AUGCCCUCAAAAUGUGUUGGACUACAACUCCCAUCAUCCCCAACAAGCAAGGCGAACCCCCUCCCCUUCUGGAUGGGGAUGAUGAAGGCUGUAGUGGGGGCAGGUUGGGAAAGGCUGCAUUAGGUUUAUAGGCUGCUUUUCCAGACAAAGAAUUCUAAGCCAACCGACCUGUUCUAAUGAUGUAGCACCCUAAAUAAUUAGCCAGAAGGGUUAAAUUCCAUUAAUAACACAUUGAGGAAGAAGAGGUUGGAAUAAAUUACGUUCUCUAAAAUCCCCUAAACUCAGACAUAUGGAAAGAACUUCAGCCCAAGGUGAAUCACUACUGGGAAGAAACACUAUCUUGAAGUCUUCAAGACAAAAUGUGUUGGAACACGGACACUGGUCGCUCCAAGAAUUGGACCCAGUAAAACUUCUGUUGGAAGAGGCAAAAAGAAAGCUCAAUGUAUUUAUUUUAAUAUCCGGAUGAAGUUUAUAAGGACUUCAGGAGCUGUAUUCUUUUGCUGGGGAUGGAGAACAUCUCUUCGCCGCCUUUCCAGGCCAAUUUCACCUUUUGGCACGAGAACACCACUUCUUCAAACGCUGACAGCUAUCGGGGCCUUCAAAAGAGCAUGCAUCUCCUGUCCAUUGUGGUCUACAGUAUUGCGUGUCUCCUAGGGGUAAGUGGGAAUGGCCUCGUCAUCUGGAUCGCUGGCUUCAAGAUGAAGAAGACCGUGAACGCAGUGUGGUUUCUCAACCUGGCCGUCGCUGAUUUUGUCUUCACCUUUUUCCUGCCCCUCAGCAUUGCCUACACAGCCCUGGGCUUCCACUGGCCGUUUGGGAAACUUCUGUGCAAGCUCAACAGCACCAUUGCCUUCUUAAACAUGUUUGCCAGUGUUUUCCUCUUGACGGUCAUCAGCAUGGAUCGGUGUGUCUCAGUGGUCUACCCUGUAUGGUCCAGAAACUACCGGACCACAAAGCUGGCGUACCGUACUGCUUUGGUGACAUGGGUAGCAGCCUUCAUCAUUAGCUCGCCGUAUCUUAUUUUCCGAGACACUGCAACUAAUGCCAAGAACAUCACCAGCUGCUACAAUAAUUUUGCUCUCUCCAAAAAUUAUGAUGGCGAGGAGGCGCGAAGGCUUUGGAAGACAAGGCACAGAGCUAUGGUAGUAACCAGGUUCAUAUUUGGCUUCCUCUUUCCCUUCACCGUAAUCCUGGUCUGCUACAGCAUCGUGGCGUUCAGGAUGAAAAGGAGACGCCUAACCAAAUCUACCAAACCAUUUAGAAUCAUCAUUGCUGUCACAGCAUCAUUUUUCCUCUGCUAUUUCCCGUACCAUGUCUUCUCCUUGCUGGAGAUGUCCAAAACAACGGCAAGCCAUCAGCUCAAGAUGGCUCUCUACUUAGGGAUCCCUUUGGCUUCCAGCCUGGCUUUCUUCAAUAGCUGUAUCAAUCCCAUCCUCUACGUGUUUGUAGGGCAGAAGAAGUUCCGUCAGUCUGUGCUCUCAGCCUUUGAGGGGGCUUUUGGCGAGGACUUCAUCCUGUCUUUGUCCAGCAAGAGAAAAUCUAGAUCCAUCUCUCAGGCAGAGAUUCAGAUGACUUAGUCAGUAAUUUAUUUAUUUACUGCAUUUCUAUCCUGCCUUGUUUCCUCCAAAGAACCCAAGGCGGUGUACAUAAUUCCCCUCUUCUCCAUUUUAUCCUCACAACAGCAGCCCUAUGAGGAAGGUUGGGCUGAGAGUCUGUGAUUGGCCCAAAAUCACCCAGUGGGUUUCCAUGGCUAAGUGAGGACUAGAACCCGGAUCUUCCGACUCCCAGUCCAACACUCUAGCCACUACACCACACUGCCUCAGUAGCCAAUAGGCUACCAUUAUUAUUAUUUUUGCCAAAUAACCCACUGGGAACUCUUGUUCAGCCUUAUUUUACACGGUUACAUCCACGUAAUAAGCUUUAUUGGGUUGCUGGAUUGGUUGGCUUGUUGACCUUCACAACUGUCACAUUUGUGGCAUGCAGAUGUUUAUUUAUUUUUAACCAAAACUGUUUCCUGUAUAAAAUGCUUGAGCGCCACGCAGUGGCCACUCUAUAUACGACUGCUCCAAAUAAUGUUUUCCAGAACUCGAAAGCUUGCUCACUAUUUUGUGACAUUUAAGUUGGUCCUAA